AUGCUGCUUCAAUAUAUAACUCUCAGAUUUCUACUCCCAAACAAGCAGCUGCCCAAGCUUUGCACACUUGAAUGUCAGCCAAUUCCCAAGCCUCCAUUUCAAUUCGCACUUCACCGCCUCCGCCUCCGCCUCUGCUCUCCUCCUCUACGAGAUUUUGAUCAAAAAGUGAACGCCGCCAACAAGCUCACACAAUCUGGGCAGAUUUCAGAAAGCUUGAGUUUGAGUGGUGCUUUAACUAAAGAAGAUGAGGAAAUGGGAAGAUCUGCUCUGUCAACUUUCAUGGCUAAGGAAGAGAAGAUUCAGAAGAGGAAAAUGGAGGUUCAGGAGAGAGUUCUAGCACAGAUGGGUCGUAUUGAACAAGAAAAUAGGCGUUUGUCCACUGUUCGUGAGGUAUUGUCUGGGGUUAUUUCUACAUUUUUUAUGGGGUUUGUUUUUAUGGAUCUGCAGGGAAUUAAGAAGAGGGAUAUCAAUCCUGAAAUUUCCUUAAUAUUUUACUAA